AUGAAGCACGUGAAUGAAAGUUUUCCAGAGAAUUUUAUUCUCAUGGGCUUUACCAAAUAUCCAUGGUUGGAUCUUCCUCUCUUCUUUGGCCUCCUGAUGUCCUACAUGUUCACAUUAUUGGGAAAUAUUGCUAUUAUUCUUGCCUCUCAACUAGAUUCCCAACUCCAAAGUCCCAUGUAUUUCUUCCUCACCAGCCUCUCCUUUUUGGACCUCUGCUUCACCACCACAACUGUACCCCAAAUGCUGUUCAACCUAGGGGGACCCAACAAGAGCAUCACUUAUGUAGGUUGUAUGGCCCAGGCCUAUGUAUUUCACUGGCUAGGCUGUACUGAAUGUGUUUUGCUUGGCAUCAUGGCCUUAGACCGCUAUGUGGCUGUAUGUAAGCCUCUCAGGUACUCAGUAAUCAUGGACCACAAGCUCUGCCUGCAGCUCUCCAGCACAGCUUGGCUCAUUGGUCUGGGAAACUCACUGCUUCAGUCUACACUCACAGUCCAGCUGCCCCUGUGUGGGAACCAGGAACUAGACCACUUCUUUUGUGAGCUGCCCAGUCUUAUUAAGAUGGCUUGUGUGGACACCACGGUCAACGAGCUUACUUUAGCAGUGGUGGCCACCUUCCUGAUAAUGGGUCCCCUUUCUAUGAUUCUUGCCUCUUACAGUUAUAUUGCCAAAGCUGUAUUUCAAAUCCCGUCUGCUGAUGGGAAACUUAAGGCCUUCAACACUUGUUCAUCACACUUACUGGUAGUGUCUUUAUUUUAUGGUCCUGGAGUCUACAUCUAUAUGCAGCCAUCAGGGGAUGGCCGUCAAGACGUCACCAAAGUUCUGACGCUGUUUUAUUGUGUUAUUACUCCUAUGGCCAACCCAUUCAUCUACACUCUGAGGAACAAGGAUGUUAAAGGAGCUUUGAUGAGACUUCUGAGGAGGGCCAUUUCAUCCAAGAGAAUAUGA